GAUCAGACUGCUCCUGCCGGCGGAACCAAAGCGCGGGCUUGCGGGGCGUGAGGGGCUGCCGCUGGUGCACCGCUCGGUGUGCUGCUCUCCUUCCCUCGGCAGCAGCGGGACAAGGCCCGACACGAUGCUGCUGCUGCGGGUUGCGGGCUGUCGGCGUGCCGUCGCCCCGGUCUCCGCUGCCGCCGCCGCCUGGCUGAGGGGCACUGCUCCCCACGGGCUCCCCGCCGCUCUCCGCCACCGGGCGGCCCUGCCCAGCGCCGCGGGGACCCAGCAGGUUACAUCUCUUCAAGGAUUGGCUCUUCGCAGCCUCAGCACAUCCACCCCUCAUGAUCACCCAGAACACGGAAGAUUAGUUUAUAAAGGAAAUUUGGCAAAGGCAGUGUUAGGUGUGAAGUUUUUCUCUUACUCCACCAGCAUAUUCAACCUAUUCAUGAUGCCCUACCUCAUGUUCAAAACUGGUAUUGGAUUUGAAAGUCUGUUUAUCCAAGCUGCUUUUUAUGGGGUGAUUGGGUUUUUUACGUUUGUAACUCCAGUUACGUUGCAUGUCCUUACAAAAGGCUACGUGAUUCGACUCUAUUAUAAAGAUGAAAUGGACACAUACACAGCCAUUACCUACAAUGCAAUCUUGGCAGAAAAAGCAACUGUUUUCCAUCAGAAAGAUGUAAAGAUUCCAGACAUCACCAAGAUGUUUACAACAUUUUAUGCUAAAACGAAAUCAAUGCUUGUUAAUCCUACACUUUUCCCAGAUCCUCAGGAUUUUAACCAUCUCAUGGGCUAUGACAAAUCCUUUUAUUUUAACUUAGAAGAAGAAAAUGAAGCCAAUGAAAAGAAAUAAUUCAAAGAUAAUGAAUGUCACUAUCAUUGUUUGUGGUGCCAUGCUAUAAAUGGGAAAGAAUGUAAAAUUUUCUUACACUUUCUUAAGUGUCAGGUAGCUAGAGUUUCCCCAGUGCAUUUUUGGAAUGUAUAAAAAAAAAACAAAGCAUUUUUUAAACUUAAAAAUGAUGUGGGGGUUUCUUCAGAGUUAACAACAAAACACAUAGUAAAAGAAAAAAAAAAGAUCUGUCUUGUGCUUCUUUAUUCUUGGCUUGUUUUUAUUAACUAUCCAGGAGAACUGUAAAACACAUGGGCUAUGCAGCAGUCUCACCAUCUCCAUUGCAAAGAGAAUAGUUCCUUUAAGAAGAAUCAGCAGUGCUCAUUACCUGUCAAGUGCAUAGUUAAGCUUUUAAGCUUUAAAGAUUAAUUAUCCUUAAUCCAAAAAGAUCAGGCUGUUUCAUCAAUGCUUCUGGUGGUAUAAAGGUAGUGGAAAUGAAUUUCACUUUGCUUUGUGAGAACAUGGGUAGCCAGGUGGAGUCUUCAGAAAGCAGACAGAUAUUGAUUCCUGCUACAGCCUCUGUCUACAGGCCUGCAGGCCUCUGGAUAGAUAGGGAGAAUGGCUGUGUUGUCAUAAUCUCUAGCUACUCACAGCUUCUCAAUGGUUUCUUGAUCUAGAGCCCCAUUCUGAGCAGCCGUGAGCCCAGAGGUCGAGAGCUAGAAGCCUUUCUCUUGUUGGGGGGGAAAGCACCUUAGCAUAAGAUUUGCUCUGUGCAUAUGCCAUCGUAAACAGGUGCUGUAUCUGAACUGACUUUAAGAAAAUACUAGCAGCUUGUUAAAAUGGAUUCUGUCAACAUGUAAGGUGGGGAAGCAGAAAGGAAUCUCCUGUAGAGUGCUGUUUAUGACUUGUGCCUUUAAAAAUGUACCUCUUGAUUUUAAGGACUGUGAAGAAAGCCACCUUUAGUUCAAGUAAAAAGAGGAUUAGGUCUUUUUUGUGUAACUAGACUGGUUAGUUCUGCAGUCUGAGUAUGCAGAAAUUGGAUUUAAAUAUUUUUAGUCCAAGAAGUUUGUCACAGAAACUGACAGGUACCUUUUUUCAAGUAAUGAAGGGCAUAAUAUUUUGAGGCUUAAAAAUGGCUGAACUAAAAAAGGCAGCAAAAUUCAAAUUAAUCCUUUUGUACUAGAAGUGCCCUUUGUAAUAACUAAAUCUUGCUAUUAAUUAAGUCAUCCUGAUACUGCAAACAAAAAGAAAAUAAUUAUUGCUACCCUUCCAGAUGUUUCCUAAGUUCUAACUGAAAAAAUGUAUUAAAAGUCUAAAUGUCUUCCAAGACUAUUACUGCAGGUUCCCAUUAUAGGAUGACACUAAAUAGAUCAUAUUAAACCAUUAGUGUUUUUAAAUGUUAUUUUCCUGACUGUUGAAACUGCUCUCAGUGUACUUGCUGAGUAAUUAAAAAGCGAAUCAUCCCAUCCAGAUAUUUUUGAGGCAGUUUCUUUGGUCUGGAACAGCUAUAAUUUUAAAAGCCUGCUCUAGCUCCAUUAAGCCAGUAUCACUCCUUAGGUAACAAUAAUAUAUAACAAAAAAAUCUGUAAAUCAUAUUGAAGACAUGAGGCCAAUUCUGACCAUUUGGUUGUACUACUUGUCCUUAUUGAAAUCAUGGUUUAUACCUAAUUAAAAAUAAUCUUUCCAUGUCUGAUGUAUUUACUCUCUUUAUAUGCUUGUGGAUAAAGUUAACUUCAUCUUUAAAUGCCAAGUACAGAAAGAAGAGGACAUGAGAGUUUGCAAGAAAAGGACCCAAAAUUGUAGUAUUCAAACAACCGUCAUUUGUUCUUUGUGUUAGAAACAAAAUAAAGGAAUGGAAAUGUAAC